CCACCUCAUGCCGUUGGCGGCAGCCAAGCCGUACGCAGACGCGGCGUCCUGGGACCUAGGCCUAAUCAAGGAGCUCUUCGAGGCCUCGAAGCGAUCGUACCGGAAGCGCAUCGGUCGCAGCACGUUGAUGGACGAAGCGACGCGUCAGUUUGCAGAGGACAAGAUCCGCUCGGCUAACGGAGUCGUUCCUGCGCCGGGCCUCAUCUGGAACGCGAGCGCGCUUCAACGUAUCUAUGAAUGCGUGCCUCAGAGCCGAGAGCUGUUCUUCCUCCCGUCCCUGUUGGAAGCCAGGCGAUGCAAGCAGCGACACCUCCUCGGCACGGCGGCCAGCGGUCAAAGCUCGGCAGAGACGAUCACGUGGACGUCACCAGCGGCCUACCUGGUGCGCUACCUGGACGUCUACAACAGCGCCGUCGUCAUGGGCUCCGUGCUCUAUCCUCCCGUGCUUCAGACAUCCGGUGACCACCGCGACGUAUUCAACUACGCCGGUCUGGCGUUCCUCUUCUCCAAGCUCCUCUACGGAGCCGUCGGCCAGCAGGGCAGCCUUCGCGACAGCGUGGGCGCCCCGAGACCCUGGUGGAGCAACGCGACGCGCCAGGGCUUCUCCCAAGCCGUGCGCUGCUUCGAAGACCUGUACCAGUUCGACGCCCGAUUCAUCGACGACGACAUAGGCGCCGCGGUGGCCGUGUCCGUGGCGUUCGCCGCGUACGAGCGACGCCUUCGAGGUCGGUACACGCGGGACGCCGGUGGUCUCUGGGGCCGAGGUAUCCGGUGGCUGCUGAGAUGGCCCCGCUGGCUAAGCAGCGCUGGACGGAACGAGUUUGCAGACGACCAGGCGUUCUUCAUGAACCACUGCUUGCUUUUCUGCUCCCGCAAGACUUCGCGACUAUAUUCGGAGGGUUGGGUGUCGGCCGAGCAAAAGUGCAACCUGCCCAUGAAGAACAGUCCCGAUUUCUGGCGCGCCUUUCAGUGUAGCAAAGACGACGCUAUGAGGGCCGACAAGUCUUGCGAGUUGAUUUGAAAUCCCAGCGAGGGCGCCGUAUGUUUGUCGUCGCUUGACUCAUAAUCAUGCAUUCGACGAAAAUAUCGGCACAUGAUAGUACGUGCCAGUGGCCGUGCCAACAACUAACGUCUUCAAUUUGUUGAA